AUGUCAUCACCUUCCAGCCCAACGAUUAAUUACUUUUCCAUGCUAAGACUGACCCAAAAGGGAUUGAAGUCACCAACAAAGAUUCGAUCGGCACCUGUAUCACCGAUACAUUCUGAACCUGUAUCACCUAUAAGUGACGAAGCCGAUACCUAUUUCCCUUCGGUUCCUGCUCCAUCGCCACAGUGUCGCAUCAGACGUAGAUUCACUGUACCUUCUUCUUGGUCAAAUUUCUCUUCGUCUUCGCCAUACAGGAUGGACUCUACUGCCGUAGAUGGUCUAGUGCCAACCGCCUUGGUACACGGUGUACCUAUGUUGAAGAUUUCCAGUAGGAAAAUGAAACAAGUCAUCAUACGUAUUCGAAAUGGUGGAAUAUCAUGGUCGAGUAAGAAAGACAAUACUGUGUUAAUUAGCGAAGUUCGAGAUCUACGAUUAGGACAGCCACCCUCUGACACAUAUAACAGUUCAAGGUGGAUAACGAUUGUUUACGUUCGUGGAACUCAAUGGAAAGUUUUACACAUGGUUGCUUUAACCGAUGAAAUUUAUGGAUUAUGGGUACAAACUUUGAAAUCAUUAGUAUCAAUAUCUACAGAUAGACAUAUAACGGAUAUCACCCCUGCAGAUCCUGAUUUGAUUUGGAUAAGACAGUUGUGGCCUAUAGGUUCCAAAGUGAUUGAUUCAGUUCAAGUUGAAGCUUUAUGUAAUCAAAUUGGUUUACAAAUCCCUGAUAUAGUUAAGAAAUCUUAUAUCGGUUCAAUUGACAUUGCGACUUUUCAUCAAUUGAUCAAAGAUUGUCAAACCAGACCUGAGAUUGCAAAGAUUUAUAAUGAAUUGACCGAGGAAGGUUCAUUAGAUCGCGAUAAAGUUGAUCGAUUCUUGAAGGAAACUCAAAACUUGUCGAACCCAGAAGGGAUUUUUGAGAAAUUCAGAUCCAAGACCCAAUCUGAUCAAGAUAUCUGGUCACUAGCAUCUUUGACUGAAUUUCUUUGCUCGCCGGAUAAUGCAACUACUGUUCAACAAGAUAUGACUCACCCCAUCCAACAUUACUAUAUAUCAAGUUCACAUAAUACUUAUUUGGUGGGCGAACAAUGGAGAGGUGAAAGUACAGUUGAAGGUUAUAUAAGAGUCCUGCUCGCUGGAUGUCGAUGUGUUGAGAUGGACGUUCAAUCUGGUGAUAAUGAACCAGUUGUGUAUCAUCGUAAAACACUUACUUCAAGUGUAUCAGUCAGGGAUAUCUGCCGAGCUAUAAAUCAAUAUGCUUUCGUCGCGUCUCCUUACCCCGUAAUCAUUUCUGCUGAGAUCCACUGUUCAUUGGAACAACAACAUCGACUCGCGAACAUUUUAACUGAAGUUUUCGGAGAUAAAUUAGUGACUGCUCCGAUCUCGGGAGAAUACAACGAUCUACCUAGUCCUGAACAGCUCAAGAACCGCAUAUUAUUCAAGGCGAAACCACCUAAACCUGAAGCGAGAUCGCCUAGAUUAUCAGCAACUUUUUCUUCACCUGAUUCAGCUACAUCAUCCACUGACACCGAUUCUGGAUUUGCCAGAUUGACAAGAAGGUUGUCAAUCUCAAGUAACAAUAGUAACCAUAACGGUAAAAAUGAAAAACCAGAUACGUUUUCUAAUCAAUUAUUAGAUCUAUUGGUCUAUACAACCGGAGUGAAAUAUAAAGGAUUUUCAAAAUUGAUUGAAUAUGAAAUGAAUGAACAAUUCAGUGUAUCUGAUAGGACUGCAAUCAAGAUCGCGAAAGAUAAUGGAGGUGAAAAUAAAAAUGAUUGGAUCAAACAUAAUUUUAAUCAUAUAUCAAGAGUUUAUCCUAGAGGUACUAAAUUGACUUCAUCCAAUUAUGAUCCUACGAUCGCAUGGAGUGCAGGUUGCCAGUUAGUUGCAUUAAACUGGCAAACAUUAGAUGAAGGCACCUUGCUGAAUCAUGGAAUGUUCCAUUCAUCAAAUGGAUAUAUAUUGAAACCAAUCGCAUUAAGACAAAAAGUCAUAGAAAUAUCUACUAGAUAUCGAAUAACCAUCCAAAUCAUCUCAGGUCAAAGAAUGCCUUUAUCACCUGAUUUAUACGUUGAAGUGACUUUGAAACCAAGUUCGAAUCGUUCUUCAUGGUCAUCGACAUCCGCUUCUUCUGGAUCUUCUAGAAUUCCUGGAUCAUCAUCAUCAUCAUCGACACCAUCAUCAGCAUCAUCACCUUCCACACCAGUAUCACCUUUGACUUCUUAUUCAAACUCCAACUCGAGUCAUAGUAACAAUUCAACGCCAUCAAGUCCAACAUUUCGUAAAACUAAAACAUCAAGAGGAAUAACAUUGAAUCCAAAUUGGGAUGAAACGUUUAAAUUUGAUAUCAAAGUAUUACCUUCGAAUUUAAUGAUAAAUUUCAUCCAUAUGGAAAUCAAAACUGCAUCAUCAUCCUCAUCAUCCUCAUCAUCAAAUGGGAAUGGGAACGGCAACGGCAACGGCUCAUUGUUAGCGCAAUAUAUCAAACCUAUCUCAUUAUGUCCAAAAGGUUUUCACCAUUUGCCUUUAUAUGAUCCCAUGAUGAGCAAAUAUGUUUUCGCCACUUUAUUCACCAAGAUUGAUGUUGAAGAAAUUUUGGGUAAUUGA